AACACAAAAUGAUGAAAUUCAUUCACAACAGAAUUAGACUACAUUUACCUGAAUUGGUUUAUUUUAUUAUUUUCUAUUUAGUCUAUAGUCCAUUUUUUAACAGAACAAAUAUCAAGGUAGGGAAGUAUAUGCCUUGUCAGAAUAACAGCCAAAGGAUCAUCAGUUAUUUUGAACGUGUCUUUUCACAAGAGUAAUAUGUAAUGCCAUGGCUGAGCUGUGGUACAUUCUGACGGAUACAGACGCCCCGGCAGAAAAUGCUAGUACCUGCUACAGCACCACGCACAGUACUGUGCUGAGUGGAAUCCCUUUUGGAGGAGUGCCAAUAGUUUUCAUGUUAUAUCUUGCAGUCUUUUUGUUUUUGGGGUUGCUCUUCUCUGUCCUCAAGCAGUUUUCCGAUCACUGGCGCAUAGCACAUUUCGCCGACCCUGACAAUCAAACAUUCUCUGAUGAACCGACCCGCAUUGUGCAGCGUGCACGGAGGGAAGAUCAGCGAGAAAUGGGCUUCAUAUCGUGGCUACCAUAUUUUCUCACCUUAAGUGAGGAUCAGAUCAAGGACCGGUGCGGCCCAGACGGUGUUAACUACCUGUCCUUUCAGCUUCACCUGGUCAUCGCGUUGUUUCUCAUGAACACCUUUGCCAUGGCAGUAACGCUGCCUGUCAACAUGAAUGGACAUCUCCUCGGUAAUAACACCCUGACUUUUGGAAGGACAACUGUUGCAAAUAUUCGCAAGGGGAACAACGUAAUAUGGUUGCAUACAGUGAUCCCAAUUAUGCACCUGCUUCUGAUGGUUGUACUGCUGCAGCAUCACACGUCGAAAAUGACAGACAGCGAAAUAACCAAAAACACUUUGUUUAUUUCUAAGAUUCCCAAAAAGGCAACCAAAGAAGACAUCGAAGCCCAUUUCAGUGAAGCAUAUCCUUUCUGUCGGGUGUCCGCCGUAUCACUGGGCUUUGACGUAAACAAGCUAAUGAAGCUUCACACAGAAAGAGUGCGGAUAGACAAACACCUGCACUUCUACAAGAAUAUUAGAAGGAAAACAGGAAUCCGGGAGAUGAUUGAACCCUCUUGGUUAAGGAGAAUGUUCAUCGGUGGGGAGAAGGUUGAUGCCAUAAAUCACUACCGUACUAAACACAAAGUGGUGCUGGAAGUGAUUAAAAAGGAAGCAGAAGAUGUUCCACAGCACCCUCUAGGAAUUGUUUUUGUAACUAUGAAGACUGAGACCAUGGCCAAUUGCAUUCUGAAAGACUUUAACGCAGUUGAGCAUGGCAGCUUCUUUUUUGGGAUGGAGCCUCAACCCUCAUCUCAUAGUCAAAAGCUGAAGGUGAACAAAUGGAGAGUGAAGAUCGCACCUCAUCCUCAAGAUUUGAACUGGGCAAAUCUGUCAGUGCAAGGUUUCUCCUGGUUCAUGCGUAAUGUAGUGCUCAAUAUUGUCCUCUUCCUUGUGCUCAUCUUCCUCACUACUCCAACCAUCAUUUUGAACACCAUGGACAAGCUUGAUGUGACGAAGACCAUUGAAGACCUUCAUAGUCCCAUUAUCAGUGAGUUUUUCCCCACCCUCCUGUUGUGCAUCUUCUCAUUAGUGCUUCCUACCACAGUGUAUUAUUCCACAAAGGUAGAAGGACACUGGAGCAGCUCCAGUGAACAGGUUAGCAUGAUGCGUAAACUCUAUUUCUUUCUGAUCUUCAUGGUGCUGAUCCUUCCCUCACUUGGACUCUCAAGUAUUUCAGUAUUUUUCCGUUGGCUGCUAGACCAAAAGUUUGUGGCAGAUUUGAAAGUAAGAUUUGAGUGUGUGUUCUUACCUAACCAAGGGGCCUUUUUUGUAAACUAUGUUGUCGCGGCAGCCUUGGUCGGCUCUGGGAUGGAGUUGCUGAGGAUCACUCAGUUGUUGAGCUACCACAUUAGGCUGAUGCUGGCAGGUUCUGAUGCUGGACGGAAGUAUAUCAAAGAGAAUCACGCCUACAUUUUUUCGUAUGGUUCUGCCUACGGAUGGACUCUCUGCGUGUUUACUGUGGUUAUGGCGUACAGUGUCACCUGCCCCGUUAUCGUACCUUGUGGGCUCCUGUACAUGCUGGUGAGACACCUAGUGGACAAAUUCAACUUGUACUACGCCUAUCGGCAAGGCUGCCAUUCCCGCAAAGUUCAUCAAGCAGCUGUCAAUCAAGCUCUAGCUGCACCAAUCAUCAGCCUCAUCUAUCUCUACUAUCUGUCAUUCCUCAGAAUAGGAUUCUGGGGUCAGAGGACUCUUUUCCUGAUGGUGUUUCUUUGUGUCACCAUCUUCAUCUGUUGCGGCUACACCUGCUUUGGCUAUUUCAAAUACCUAAGUCCGCACAAGUAUAAGGUUAUAGACAAAGGCAAGGAAACAGAAGAGGAAAUCAUGGAGGCCUUUGUUCCAAAACAGCUGGAUCCAGAAUCCUACAUGGACACAGAGGAUAACCAGCCUGACAUAUUUGACACAUAUACCGUCUGAAUCAGUGGGUUUCAAUUGGCUGCUUAAGCGUUGUUAAACAUGAAGAUGGCAAUAAAAAUUGAAAGUGAUCCAGUUGAAAAAGAAUGAUAAAGUGAGAUAAAGUCAUUUUUAUAAAGAUAAAUAUAAAAUAAAUAUCAAGGUUAUCAUAACUAAAAGCAAGUAAACCAUAAAUCUUUUUUUUUUCAUAUGAAAUUCUGUUUCCUGCUAUUACUCUUUUUGCAAAUACUCUUGCAUCCUUUUGGCCAUUGUCUCUGACAUACUUGUUCUUCUUAGUGAUGUCAUUAUUAACAAAAAGUAUCUGGAGAGUGAAAUUUUUACUGAGGCGUUUAAAUGUCAUUUAAAUCAAAUGUAACUUUUCUUUUCCUUUUGUCUUUCAAUAAUUUGUAGUUAA